CACAUGUUUCGACGUCGUUUUUCCACAGACUUGGCGGCCUCGCUUUCAACAAAAAACACGUGACUUACUAGCUCCAAAGAAUAAUAAGAUGCCUGGCGUUAGCGUAGUGCUUACAGAAGAAUAAACACCGCAUUUGGAGAUCUUCACUUUAUUUAGAACCCUAAAUUUUUUAUUCCGACUCACUCAGAUUGAUUGUACGUAUAGAUCAAGCAAGCCAACGAUGUUCGCUGUUACAAGGCGAAAACUCGCUUCUGGCGCCUCCUCUGCAUUGGUUUGUCGGAAUUCGUUUCGUUCGGUGCUAAACACUACUAGAGUGGGUAACUCUGCACUAGGAGAAGAGGUAUUAUCUCUGCCAAGAAGGCUUAGCAAUGCUCACUUUUAUUCUCACCUCAUUAUUAGUGGCCGCAGCACAUUUAUUUUGAGGCCAGCAAGGGAAGUGGUGGGAAGUCUUCAGCCAUUCAACAUACAAACAUCAAGGAUGAAGUUCUCUUCUGACAGUGGUGAUCUGGUUGAUGCUGUUGUUCCUUUCAUGGGUGAAUCAAUAAGUGAUGGUACACUGGCAACAUUUCUGAAACAGCCUGGUGAUAAAGUAGAUGUUGACGAGCCAAUUGCGCAAGUAGAGACAGAUAAGGUGACUAUUGAUGUUGCUAGUCCUGAAGCUGGUGUUAUCCAAAAGUUUGUAGCCAAGGAAGGGGAUACUGUGGAACCAGGUACCAAGAUUGCUGUUAUAUCGAAGUCGGGCGAAGGUGUUGCUUCAUCUAAGAAAACAUCUGACGAAGCUUCUUCUCAGCCUCCUUCCACUGAACGUAAAAUUGAGAGUCCUAAAGCUGAAGCCGCUACACAGGUGGAGAAGCCUGAGGAAACAACUCCACCACCACCUCCUCCAGAGAAGCCAAAGGCGACAACUCCACCACCUUCCAGAACCUCUUCAGAACCCCAGCUUCCUCCAAAAGAAAGGGAGAGACGGGUUCCGAUGACAAGACUGAGAAAACGAGUUGCUUCACGUUUGAAAGAUUCUCAGAACACAUUCGCGUUGUUGACUACUUUCAACGAAGUUGAUAUGACAAAUUUAAUGAAACUCCGUUCGGAUUACAAAGAUGCAUUUUUUGAGAAGCAUGGAGUGAAGCUAGGUUUUAUGUCAGGAUUUGUAAAAGCAGCUGUGAGCGGACUCCAAAAUCAGCCGGUUAUCAAUGCAGUUAUUGACGGAGAUGAUAUCAUAUACAGAGACUAUGUUGAUAUCAGUAUUGCUGUUGGUACUCCUAAGGGUCUUGUUGUUCCAGUUGUUCGAAAUGCUGAUAGGAUGAAUUUUGCUGAGAUAGAGAAGGAGAUAAAUAAUCUUGCCAAAAAGGCUGUGGCUGGAUCUAUAUCAAUGGACGACAUGGCUGGGGGUUCAUUUACAAUAUCGAAUGGAGGUGUUUAUGGAAGCCUUUUGAGUACACCCAUCAUCAAUCCCCCUCAGUCUGCGAUCCUUGGUAUGCACUCUAUCGUAAACCGUCCAAUGGUUGUCGGAGGUAACAUUGUUGCGAGGCCUAUGAUGUACAUAGCGCUGACAUAUGAUCAUAGGCUGAUUGAUGGCAGGGAGGCAGUGUACUUCCUCAGACGAAUUAAGGAUGUGGUUGAGGAUCCAAGGAGGUUGCUUCUGGAUAUAUAAAUAGAAAUGACCAAACCGUUUAUCGCGGACUUGAUUACAUAAUCCUGCACGAAAUAUAGAGUACAAUAAAUUUUGGAAAGAUUUUUUUUAGGGAGCAGCAGAAUGCUUAAACGAAUCCAAUCCCGGCGACUUUUUACAAUAUAAAAAUGAGAGGAUAUGUAUCAUUGGAGUUUUCUUUGAACAAAGACCAUUUUUUGGCUUGUUCUUUCAUAGAGGGCAGUAUGCCAUUAAUGCAACAAAUAAAUUAAAGAAUCUUUCGCUCGCUUCAAACUAUUUUGGAACAGUAAUAUGUAGAAAGUUUAUAUUAAAGUUUCAGUUUUUUCCUGUGGGAUAA